AUGACAACUUUUGAAGUAAAAGAAACUAGCCUGGAUGUGGAACAACACAACGAUCAAAAACCCAAUAAUUCUAUUGAAGAAAUUCGUAAAUGUACCAAGCAGAGUCGUAUUGACACAUCUUGGGACCGAAGUUAUUAUGUUUCAUUUCAAGAAUCGAAAAAUACUGAAUUUGAUAAAACUCCACCCUUUAAGAGUAUAAUGAUUGAAGAAGAAUCUAUUAAUAGCAAAGUGAAUAGUUUUACACAAACGGAGAUCGUCAUCGAUCAAACGCUACAUAGUAGCGUUGACGCGAACUUCUCUUUUAGUAAAGACUUUCAAUUCGAAGAUUCUUUGUCUAACGAAAAUGACGAAAGGUCUUCUAGCAAACGGUUUAGACGUGAUUCUUUCGAUGAUAAUAAGGAAAUACGACCAUGGAAAAAGACGAAGUGUACGCGUUCAAGUACAUCGAGUUCUUCUGACUUAAAUGAACCAAAAUCUUCAUUAAGUGAUUUAUGUUCCGAAUCAGAAUUAUCAUUCAAAUCAAUAAAUAGCAAUUAUUCGUAUAAGAUUCGUAAGAGAAGGAGAAAAUCGGAUUCAAGUUUAUUUCGAAGUGUUCUACAAAAAUCACGAAAUUGUGUUUAUUUUAAUAAACACAAUUUUUCAGAUGAUAAGACAUAUACAACAGGAGGUACGCCGAGAAAUGAUAAAACACACAGACGGAGUAAACGUACUAAGCUAUGGAGGUUGAUGGACCUUUGUACAUGGAUUGGCAGGAAGGGUUUCCAGUCUCUUACAGGUUUAUAUUCAGAUAUCCCCAGAGAACCUAUAAGUCAUCAGGAAAACAAAGAAAAUGUCCUAGCAGAUGAGAUGAAACAACUCAGGCGAUUCAUCGACGAAGUCGAUCAAAAACACAAGCAUCUGUCACAACAAAACGAAAAUCUUCAAGAAGAAAUGAAGAAAUUGGUGACGAAAAUAGCAGAGCUAGAGGAUAAACUUAGUCGCCAGCAAACUGCAUCGAACGCUCCUUCUUGUCUUAACCCUCCGUCGUGUCCACCCCCUCCUCCCCCACCUCCCCCUCCCCCUCCACCGCCACAAUCAACAAACAAACUACCAGUACGCGCGCACACCAUCCCGAGAUGUGGAUCAGCACCGCCGAGGAUCACAGCACCGCGCCUCACAAUAACGCCACAGGAUAUUGCUAAUGUUAAACUAAGGAAAGCUAAGGAUCAUCCUGUCCGAACAAAGCCAGUGAAAGAAGUUCAACAGCCUUUAGUAACGCAGCAUCUUCUCGAAGCAACGAGAGCAAAACUCGGCCGUAACAGACCUGUGGCCGCUUCUACACCUAAGCAACAACUGUCUGAUUUGGAAAAGUGUUUAUUACAAGAGUCGUCAGUGACGUCACUUUUCAGACGGAGAGGAACUCGAGGUACAUUUCGUAGUGCAGAAGAAUUAAGAGUUCGGCCCUAUCCUGCUUCACGAUGCGCCCGCUCUCCUUGUUCACCGCGCUCUCCCCGUUCUAACUCCCUCUCUAGAGUAACCCCUACUUCGCCAAUCAAAUUCUCGCUUAUAUGUCCAAACAAAGAAUUAAACUAAUCUUUGACUAAUGAUUAUCAGUGUGAUUAGAUGUUCAAUCGAAUAUAAAUAUAUUUUCAUUUACUGCUGAUGAAUAGA